GCUCCUCUCGUACAGUCGUGUCAGAAAGUAUUUGCCGAAAAUAUAUGCGUUGAACCGUAUCUUGCAGAAAUGUUUCAACCACAAAAGUAUAUUGGGAUAUGAUCGCACCCACCGAAGUGGCCAAACUUUAAUUCCAAGCCGAUGAUGAUCGCUUCAUGCUGAUUGGUUCAAAUUUUCGCCAUCGAAAAACAAUUGAACACCUUUCGCUUUCGGGAGAUUUCUUUUGUUCGACAAACUCUACCGAAGGGUCCCCUAAAUGCCUGUACCUAUGCCGCGUCAGUGGCUUGUAAGCAGCCGGUUUGAGCGCACGUCAAACUUGCCGUAGUGCCUAUCUGGCACCAGUGUGCCGUUGAGCGUUGCGCAUUCGGUGUCUGAGUGAAAUUUGUGUAGGCAUUUUGUUCAACUCCAAGGGAUAUUUUCUAUGCAAGAUGGCUGCGGAAGGUCGGAAGUACAAUCUUCGCUCCAUUCGAGCGGUUGUUCAGACGUUUUCUGAAUCCGACGAUGAUCUCCGUGAAAACGUGGAUUCUGACGAUGAGGUAUUUGUACCUUCAGAUACUGGAGACAGAGAUAGCGAGCAGUCAGAUGACGAGGAAAAUGAAGAUGAAGGAAACAAUGAGCAAGAGUCGGAUUCCGAUCUAGAGAAGGAGAGUGAGAGAGCAACAAAGAGAAAGCGUGUCUCCGAAGCAGCUGAGCGGAUACGCAAACGUGGUCGGCCCCGAAAAAGUAUACCUGCGAAGUGCGGAAUAAAAUGGUCAGAAAUUGUACCUGUCCGGCACGGUAGGCGUUCCAGCGCUCAUCAGACGUUCGAACCGUCCCCAGCCAACGCUGCUCUCGAAAUUGACUCACCGUUAGAUGCUUUUCAGAUUUUAUUUUCAAAAGAGAUUAUCGAUAUAAUUGUACUACAUACAAACGAAGAAAUUGAUCGGGAAGUCGCGCGUCUUAGAAAAGAUAAUCUAGUCGUUCAAUCUUAUCACUCGCACACGACAAGCGAUGAAAUUAACGCGUACAUCGGUGUACUGAUUUUUGGUGCGGUUUUUCAUCAAAACAAACUGAGCUUGGAUGAUAUAUUUUCUGAGCAUCAUGGGUCAGGUUUCUGUCGCGCGGCAUUUUCUGAGCACAGAUUUCAAUUUUUGAAUUACAUGGUGCGAUUCGAUGACAAAUCUACGAGGGAAGAGCGACGGGCUCGUGAUAAAUUAGCUCCAAUACGUGAGAUUUGGGACAUGUUCAUAAAAAAUUGUACCGAUUCAUAUGAACCGUCAACCGAUAUUACGAUUGACGAGCAACUCAUCGGUUUCAGGGGCAGAUGUUGUUUUAGAAUUUACAUGAAAAGUAAACCGGAUAAAUACGGCCUCAAAGUGCUCAUGUGUAAUGACGCUCAAACUUCUUACAUGAUUUCAGCCAUUCCUUACGUAGGGAAAGUUACCCCUGAACGCGGUGAUUCAGUUCCAACUUAUUUCGUUCGAAAACUACUCGAUUGUACUUCGAUUCCAGGUACUUGGCGGCAUAUAACGAUGGAUAGGUGGUUCACUUCGGUUCCUCUUUUCGAAAUGUUGCGCGAAAAAUAUCAGUUGCGAGCGGUAGGAACUAUUCAAAAAAACAGGACCGAGAUUCCUAUACAAAUGAAAACUUCUGGUAAUGUUGGUACGUCGAAAUUUGUUUACACACCAACUUUAACUUUGGUUGCUUACACGCCGAAAGCGAACAAAAUUGUACUCGUAUUAUCGUCGAUUCAUCACGAUGCUUCGAUUAAUCGAACGACAGGAAAACCCGAGAUGAUAAUGUACUACAACGCUCACAAAGGAGGAAUCGACACUUUUGACCAACACUGUCAUACGUUUAACGUAGCGCGCAGAACUCGCAGGUGGCCGUUAAAAUUUUUUUUUAACAUGAUUAAUCAGGCGACGAUCAAUGCACAAAUUUUGUACAAUUUAAAAGUGAGCAAUGAAAAACUCAGCCGUUCAAAGUUCCUCAAAAAUUUAGCGUACGCUUUGAUUACGCCACAUGCGCAAAUGCGAUUAAAUUCGCCUACCCUUCGAAUUUCCGUCAAAAACAUUAUCUCGAAAGUUUUGAAAAUAGAUAUACCUACGACAGAUGUCCCAAAUCUCUUCCGAGACGAAAGUCAAGGCAGGUGUGCCCUUUGCUCCAAUGAAAAAACCGGAAAAACGCGUACGCGAUGCGGAAAAUGUAUGCGUCGAAUAUGCGAUGAACACCGUGCAGGUAUUUGUACCUCUUGUGCUAUUGGCGACGAUUAGAAUAGAAUAAGAGACUGUAACGAAUCGAUUUGGUGAUUAAAAUUUACUAAAAACAA